CUUCGCGACUUGAACAGUUGGAAAACCGAGAAAGCGCCGCGGCGCUCGCUGACAUGAAGUUAAUUGAUGUGAUUAUAUACCUAAUUGCCAUUUUGAUCUUCAUCUAUUUGCUGCUGGAGUAGCGGAAGAAGCCAAAAGUCACUCGACAUUUGCCCAGAGCUUUCUACAAGCAAUAAAACAACGAAACACAGUCUAAUUCCCAACCAACAUGAGGCCUUUCCUGCUGCUCGCCCUGAUCUUGGCGCUGGCCAACUGUGAACAGCGUCCCCUGGUCUUCACCAACUGGCCGCCCAAAAGCGCCAAGCAGCUAAGUCGUCCCGCUGCCGUGGGAUCCGCUGGAGGAGCUGGUCCGCCAGGCAAACAGCGCACCCUGGUCGUCCAAAUACGCAGCGACCAGCCGGUGCCCUUGGUACUGAAGGGUCGUCCUGGCCAUGGUCCCCACACCCAUGCCGCCCACCUGGCCCAUCCGCACUCCGUGCAUCCCCAUGUCCUGUCUCACGCCCACUCGCAUGCCCACCUGCACUCGCAUCCUCUGAUCCAUGUGCCCCAGCAUCAGUACCAACACCUAAGAGGUCCUCCUCGUCCCAUCAAGCUGAGCGGUCCGUCUCCAGUCUACCUGAAGCCGGCUACAGCCCUGCGAAAGCCCCUGAAGAUCAAGCUGAACAAUGUCAAGCCCAAGGCGAAACCCACUUUCGGAUACGACAAGCCCCUCAAGUACGAGAAGCCCUCGGCCGUGAGCUACAGCGAGCUCCAGAAUCUGCCGCUGGACACGCACAACAACUUCAACACCGAGCACUUUGCACCCAUUUACACGGUUCCCGCACCGAACCUGGGCGACAACCACCUGGAUGUGGAGGAGGGUCACCUCGACUCCUCCUACCUGUACACGCCCCCCUCCCAGACCCCUCCCCCAUCCGCCCGACCCCAGACAUACUUGCCGCCGAAGUACAGUGUGAAUGAGGACGAGACGAAUGACCAAACCAUCCGCGAUCCCAUUUCGGGUUCGCAGAAACUCUUUGCCCCAGAUCCGGAUCCCUCGCUGCCCACCACCAAGAUUCGUCCAGCCACCGAAUCGUUCAAUACACCGAGCAAUAACAAGCCGCUGCCAGCCGAUGUGCAGAGCAAUCAUCUGCCCGCCCAGCCUCUGGUUCAGAUUGUGGGUGCCCAGGCGGCAGCUCAAACAGCGCCUGAGAUAUAUCCCAUCCAGUAUGCCCAGCCGGCUGUCCAGUCGCAGUCCUUCAUCGCCGCCAUUCCUGCUGCCCACAUCCCCAUCUACAAUCCCACGUACCUGGUGACGCAGUCCAACCAGCUCUACUCGGCGCACAAGCAGCAGCUCUUUAAGCCCAGCCCGGAACCGGUGGUGGAGUCGGGCUACGUGAACGCCGAUCUCACCCAGGAGGUGGCCAGCAACGGGCAGAUCCUGCAGGCGGCCAAGGAUCCGCAUCACAACAUCCACCCCGUGCUGGACUCAGCACCCCAAUACGCUGCUCUGAUAGCCGCUCCGGCCUUGGGUGAUCCUGGCGAGAGUGCCUACGAGACGGCCUCCUUUCACCUGCCCAACGUGGCUUCGGCGGUCACAGCCUCUGUCCCAGAGGGCGGCUUCGUAGUGUCCAACUUCUAUGGUCACGCCCACGACUCGUCGCAGUUGCUGCAGGCCUACGCAGAGGAGGAGGCACGCCGCCAGCAACUGGAGACAGAGCAUGCUGCCAUCGAGCUACAGAAGCAGCAGCAGUUACAUCUCGAGGAAUUGAAGGCACAGGCCCAGGAGCAACAGCAGCAACAUCAAUUCCAUCUGGAGGAGUUGAGGGCCCAGGCGCAGUAUCAGCAGCAGCAACAACAGCAGUUCGAGGAGUUGCAGGCCCAGGCACAGGAGCAACACCUGCAGCAGCAGCACCAGCAGCAACAGUUGCAGUUGUUGCAACUGCAGCAGCAACAGCAACAGUUGCAGCAGCCUGUGCAACACCAUCCGCCGCAGCCACAAGUACAACAUCAGCAACAGCAACAGCAACAGGUGCAGCAGCAGCAGCAACAAGUUGCACAGGACCCAGCAGCAAGUGCCUUCGAGGAGCACCAGCGACUGGUGCAGCAGCAAUUGGGCGCCAAUACGCCACUUCGCAUCUUUGUGCCCGACGAGGAGGCCGCCGAAUCGCGGUUGCAAAAACGGUCGGAUGACCUGAAGAAGGGCACGGUGGAGGAUGUGUCCAGUGCGGGUCUGGAGGGCGACAGCGAGGAGUCAGCCAAAGAUUUGUUCGAGGUCUCCACCUCCGUCGAAGUGGCCGGCGAGCAUCUCACGGCCAGCAGUAAUUAGUUAAGGCACAUUUAGUCUUCGACGCUGUUUAAAAAUAUUUAUUUACACACUCAUUUGUAAAAAACGCAUUCAUGUAGCGAGCAGUCGGUAGUUUAAUAAAAAUAACCAUUAAUUUAUUCAAA